AUGGAUGGAACUAAUGUGAAGCGUAGCACAUCACAUACUAUUUCGAACUAUAGGUUGGGGAAGACCAUUGGUACCGGAACAUUUAGUGAAGUGAAACUUGCAAUUCAUGUUUUAACAGGGAUUGAAGUUGCUAUAAAGAUCCUUGAUCGUCAAUCAAUUGCCAAUUUAUCAGCAGAAACAGUGAAACGUGAAAUCAAUAUACUGAGGCUACUUUCACAUCCUCAUAUAGUUCGCUUUUAUGAGGCCAUAGAGACUCGUGAAAAAAUAUAUAUUGUCAUGGAGUAUAUGAAUUCAGGUGAACUAUGGUAUUAUACUACACGGAAGGGUAGACUCCAGGAGGAUGAAGCUCGCCACUUCUUUCAGCAGGACAUCUUAGCAAAAUUUAGACCAUGGAAGAAGAAAAACCUACUGCCAUAA